AGUCAGUUUUGCUUGUUCCGUGAAACCAGAAGCUCCGUGAUAAAAUGAAGUUGCUACUUCUUGCUCUCCUCUUGCCCGCCCUUGCCCAUGCCGGUCGCGUCACCGUUCAUGUGUGCACCAAUGGGUACUCUAUUUUCAACAGACCACCCGUUCCAGACUGGGUUGAGAUUGAGGGAUGUGAUAUGAACGAAUGCUCUAUUCAACAAGGCGAUACAUUGAACUUAAGAGCGGCUUUUGCUCCAUCCACUACUCAUUAUAACCUUGAGUUCUACGUACGCGUCUUCUUUACGCUCAUUCAGGUCCCAAUUGACCAACCACCAGGUCUCGACGAUGCUUGCCCACUCAUCAUUGGCGGAUGCCCAAUUCGAGGUGGAGAAGGCGAGAGGGUUGCCGAAGUGGAUAUGUUGGUGGACAUUCCAAAUGUUCCUGUUGCUGUGACAGUUCGCGCUGAGGUCAGUCUUCGUGAUCUUGAUACUGGCAAUACAGUUGUAUGUGGCGGUGUAGCAAUUUCAGUGUAACAGUCUGAAUAAGUACAAUAGCAACAGUAUCAUGUUUUGAAGCAGACCUUUCGAUAAAUCUUUUUGGCAACUUUGGAGAUUACCUCUUUGUAUGGAUUUCUUCAAAAAAAAAAAAUUAAGUCAUGAAAAUACAUUCAAACAUUUGUACUGAUUUCUUUUGUAUUCUAUUGUAUUGUCAUAUUAGGACAACGACAACUUGACUAAGAAACUAACAAAUACUGUUGUUAACAUCUCUAACCCAGUCAAGAAUUUAACAUCCGGUUAACCCUUUUGAGAACGAGAGAGUCAAAAAUUGGGGAACAGAAAAAAUCACUUUUUCAAACUUUUAAAAGCAAAACACAAAAUCAGCCUUUAAGGAUUAAAUAAUUAACCGUAUAGAACCGAAAUAUACAACCAGGUCCACAAUCCGAAACCGCGGUCGUAGACCGAUUUCAAACUUUAUCAAUCCGGAGGUUUGCAGGCUCGUCCAGGUUGAAGAGAGAACCAGCUGAAGGCCUGAAAGACACUUUGAAAAUAAAAAGAAUUAUUAAAGCA